CGCAGGAAGCCACCUUGAGCCGGGGUGGGCAUGCAGCCUGGCGGGGAGCAUGAUCUACCUCCAUCCCCGCCCCCAUAGCAGUUUUCACUGCUCCCAAACUAGACAGGUGGAUUUUUUGCUUUUCGGAGUUGAUGUUUUUCUGCUGUCACUAUGGGGGGGAAAAAAGGUAUAUCCUGCACAGCAGUUUCGAAUAAACUUUUUUAUUUGUUUGAAGUUUUGGGUUUGGGUUGCCUCGUUUCCUGGAACCAAGUUCUAAAGCAUUCUGAUAAAUGAAUCAAGUGUAUCUUUCAUCGGUAUAGUCAAGCCUUCAUUAUUUUUAAUGUAGAUGAUCCUACUUAGAAACUAAGCCUGAUUCUUCUGUAAGUAAUAGCCCAUAGCUUCUGAAUGAGAGUCUUGGGCUUUAGACUAUAGCUGUGGAGCUUGCGAAAUCAGGUGACAGGUUUUUGUUUGUUUGGUUGUUUGUUUCUUCCUCUUUUUAGGGCCGCACCCACGGCAUUUGGAAGUUCCCAGGCUAGGGGCCGAAUUGGAGCUGUAGCUGCCGGCCUACGCCAUAGCACAUCAGUGCCUAAUCCGAACUGGGACAGCUUACUUGAUCCUCAGCCCAUUGAAUGGGGCCAGGGAUUGAACCUUUGUCCUCAUGAUUUGUUAGCACUGAGCCACAAAGGGAACUCCCAGGGUAAGCGUUAUUUUGUACCAUGUGUCACGACCAUUGUCAAGAGAGGAGGCCCACAGGAUGCUGUGGUUUUCCCAGGGCCUUAGUUUGUUCAGUCUUUCCUGGAGGGUCCAGGCUCCCUAGGAGGACAGGUUAGGUGCUGUUGAAGUUACAUGGACUGUCUAGAAACUGUCUGCUACCAUUAAAAUUGAAAAUGGCAACAAAGAACUGUAAUUCCAGGUGAAUUUCGUGGCCUGCCAGCUCUUUGCUUUGUUUGCUGCUUUCUGGUUCCGCAUCUACCUAAGUCCCGGUAAAACCAGCCCUGAUGUCCGGCAUGCAUUUGCCACCAUCUUUGGCAUCUAUUUUGUCAUCUUUUGCUUCGGCUGGUACUCUUUGCAUCUUUUUGUCUUGGUGUUAAUGUGUUAUGGACUUAUGGUCACUGCCAGCGUAUCCAAUAUUCACAGAUACUCCUUUUUUGUAGCAAUGGGAUACCUUACAAUAUGCCAUAUCAGCCGAAUAUACAUCUUCCACUAUGGAAUCCUCACUACAGAUUUUUCUGGGCCCCUGAUGAUAGUCACUCAGAAGAUCACAACCUUGGCAUUCCAAGUUCAUGAUGGAUUAGGUCGAAGAGCGGAAGACCUUUCCACCGAGCAGCAUCGGCUUGCUGUAAAAGCAAAACCCUCGUUUUUGGAAUACUUAAGCUACCUUCUCAACUUCAUGAGUGUCAUAGCUGGCCCUUGUAACAACUUCAAGGACUAUGUCGCCUUCAUUGAGGGGAGACACACACACAUGAAGUUGCUGGAAGUGAACUGGAAGGAAAAAGGCUUCCACAGCCUGCCAGAACCUUCUCCCACUGGAGCCGUGAUACACAAGUUGUGCAUGACCUUGGUGUCUCUCCUUUUGUUUUUGACUCUUACCAAGACCUUCCCCGUCACCUGCCUGGUUGACGACUGGUUUGUUCAUAAGGCAAACUUUCUGACUCGACUCUGCUACUUAUACGUUGUCAUGCAAGCCUCGAAGCCCAAGUAUUACUUCGCCUGGACGUUAGCUGAUGCAGUGAAUAAUGCAGCUGGCUUUGGGUUCAGCGGAGUGGAUAAGAAUGGAAAUUUCUCUUGGGACCUGCUUUCUAACCUAAACAUCUGGAAAAUUGAGACUGCCACAAGUUUCAAAAUGUACUUAGAAAACUGGAAUAUUCAGACAGCUACUUGGCUGAAGCGAGUGUGCUAUGAGCGUGUUCCCUGGUACCCCACCGUGCUAACCUUCAUCCUGUCGGCCUUGUGGCAUGGUGUCUACCCUGGAUACUAUUUCACCUUCUUAACUGGAAUCCUUGUCACCCUAGCAGCCAGAACGGUGAGGAACAACUACAGACAUUACUUCCUUUCUUCAAAAGCCCUGAAGGUUCUUUAUGACAUCGUCACCUGGGCUGUCACUCAGCUGGCUGUCUCCUACACGGUCGCACCCUUCGUGAUGUUGGCAGUGGAACCCACCAUCAGCUUAUACAAGUCCAUGUACUUUUACUUACACAUCAUCAGUCUCCUGAUCAUACUAUUCCUGCCAAUCAAACCACAAGCUCAUACUCAAAGGCGGCCUCCGACUCUGAACUCUAAGAAAAAAACAGAUUGAUACCUCCAAAAACAUGCUGAGUGCCUAAGACUGCCACUCAUUGGGCAGGUGAGAUGAAAAGAUGCCAGAGUUCUCCAGUGACUUAGAGGUGAUGUUUACAUGCAUCUUUUUUUUGUUUAUUUUUGAAGUGCAGGGAAUAUUUUUAUAAAGCCUUUUUGUACCAUUAAAUCAGCCCCAUCCAGUUGAUUUAAUAUAUUAUAGGACACUUGAGUGGUCUGGAGAAUGUGCUGGAACCACAGAGACAGUGCGUUCAGGGCAGCAGGGUCAGCUUUUCUGGCAUCAUUUCCAGCCAGUGAAAUCUGGAUGUUGGGAAGCUGGGCUUAUGCCUCAGAAAUCAGAAGAUGAAGCUGAGAUGACGUGACUUCCAGAACAUACCCCAAGAUGGCUAUUCCUUGGGAAGCCCCUGAUUUUUUGACUUGUGACAUUUUUUUUUCAAACACAAUAACUAACUCAGCAGACUACAGGCAGGGGCGGUGUGGAGGGAGCUUUUUAUAAUGCUGAAAGGUCCAUGAGCCAGGAGGACUGUGAACGGACACUCGAAUGGACUGAAGGUCAGGCAUUGUGCCCUGGAGUCAGCUGAGUUCUCCACCUGCUGCCACCGCCUCCCCGGAUUGUGACCCUUCUUCGAAAUGAGCCAAGGUCGGAAAUCAGAGUGUCUCCUGUCCACGUGUACCACGAGUCUCAGAGGGACUGUUUUCCGCUGCACACAUGCCUUCUGCUUGCCCAGGGAUAGGCAAAUGCCUGGGAAAAUACCCAAAUUUCAUAUCAUUAAGGCAGUGGAAUAUCUUUUUUUUAAAUAAAAUUUUUUAGGAGUUCCUGCCGUGGCUCAGCAGUAACAAAGCUGACUAGUAUCCAUGAGGAUGUGGGUUCAGUGUUGCUGUGAGCUGUGGUGUAGGUCACAGAUGUGGCUCGGAUCCUCUAUUGGCUGUGGCUGUGGUGUAUGCCGGCAGCUGUAGCUGAUUUGACCCCAGCCUGGAAAUUUCCAUAUGCUGUGAAUAUGGCCCUAAAACAACAAAAAAAUAAUUUUUAAAUCAAUCUAAAAUCUCUCUUGAAGUUUGGGAAGGAGCAGCAGAUAUUUUUCUUCCCUCACUUCAUGGAGGUGAUCAGAAUCACAGCUGUGAUGUACCCUUGGGCUGGUUUCCAUACUUUCAGUUUCAUAGCUGAUUAAAUCUGACUGUGCUUUAGUUGAAUCAUCCUGUUGGAAAGCAGAAAUUGAAAGAAUUUUCUUUUCUCUUUGUAAUGAAUGUGCUGUGGCUCCUAGUGGGAACUUUUAUUGGGUGAUGUUCUAUGGGAGAGAAGUAAAUGUGGUAUUAAAUAGGGAAAAUGACAGUAAUGAUAAUAAAAUAUAUGCUACAUUGUUAUACCUUCAAUCAAAUACCUUGGGAGGGGAGCAUUUGUUCAAAUCAGAUGGUCAAAAAUAGUUUCUUACUAAAUGAAUACUAUAUAAACUAAAUAUUUCUAUAUAAAGGAAGUAUUUCUGGAAAGAUCUGCUCUUUGUGUCAGUAGAGACUUGCCAUGAUGAAGCAUGUGUGUGUGCCUGUGUUUUCACAAAUGAGAACAGACUGAAGUUUUUACUUGUUUAC